AUGGUACGACAAGCAGCAAAGCCAAAGCCCGACAUGAGCUACUCCGAUUACAUCGCUUCCGGAACAAGACUCGCUAGGCUUGAAGCUGACGACAUGCCAAAUUAUGCGGCCAUGAGUUAUGCAGAGCUUCGCGAGGAGAUGAAAUCGCGUGGGAUGUUCAAAGGUGGAAAAAAGCAACGGAUGAUCAGCGUGCUUGAAGAUCAGUUUCGAUAUAUGCGCACGGAGCAUAGGAAAAACCCAUUUCGUCAGGCUGAGAUUGAUCUUCGUGAGCGUCCGGAGAUGAUGCUCACCAGCGACUUCAAGAGUGAUCCUUCCAGAAUCUCUUUCAUGGACUUGCCCGGCGAGAUCCGAAACAUGAUCUAUGAUCUCGCCCUCUUCGAACCUGCUGAGAGCGACUUUGAACAAGCCGGAGAUUGGCAGAUCAACGCAGUUGGUGAUACCUUUUUUCUCCCGCGCUCGGAGGCGUAUUGGUCGGAACUGGACCUCACAACACUCCGCGGUGACCGCACCCUUUCAGUGUUGCAUGUUCUUGGCGCCUUGGACAAGCAGAUUCGAAAAGAGGUCCAGACGUUCUUCUGGGCCCAUGUCCAUGUCACUAUCACCGUAAAGUACUCCGGACAGGCUUACUACUACGUCGUUCGGCGGUUUCUCGAGAAGAUUGGCCCUCUUGGUAGAACCGCCCUCGCCGGCUUGACUGUACAUCGGAGGCGUAAGGAUUAUUCGCAAGCGCAGCACCAGGACUUCCAGGCCUUGAUGGUGCUACUUCGAGACUGUAAAACUUUGCGGACACUAGAUCUGAGUUUACCCAUACACAUGGUCAUGGGCCCCCCCCGAUCGGAAGGCGAUGGAAGGGUUCUUCUUACAAGGACAGCACUUGGUCAGUCCCAGCAUCGACGCCCUUGUAGGUGCACUACAUUCGAUUCCGCAACUUCGCUUCGUCAGAUUAUACACAGUGAGUAA